ACUAAGAAAAUAUCCAUGGCUUCUUCUUCUCUAUUUUUCUUGCUUCUACUGUUCAUAAACUCUAUUGCAUCUGCAGAAAUCAAGUCAAAUUAUCUUCCAGGAACUUACCAAUCUUCACUAGUAAAGAAACAUGAACAGCCAAAAAUACCCUUCAAAACUCAUUGCUUCCCUCAAAUUCUUGAUCACUUCACUUUUCUACCAAAGAGUUCUAAAGUGUUUUAUCAAAAGUACCUCAUAAAUGAUAAAUAUUGGCAUAAAGGAGGACCAAUAUUUGUCUACACUGGCAACGAAGGAAAUAUUGAUUGGUUUGCUGCAAACACCGGGUUUAUGCUUGAUAUUGCUCCCAAGUUCCAUGCUCUUUUAGUCUUCAUUGAACAUAGGUUUUAUGGGGAUUCAAUGCCAUUUGGAAAUAAGUCUUACAAGUCAGCAAAGACACUGGGAUACUUGAAUUCACAACAAGCACUUGCUGAUUAUGCUGUUCUAAUAUGGAGCUUGAAGCAGAAUCUUUCUUCUGAAUCAUCACCUGUUGUGGUUUUUGGUGGCUCUUAUGGAGGAAUGCUGGCUGCUUGGUUUAGACUAAAGUACCCUCAUAUAGCCAUUGGUGCAGUGGCAUCUUCAGCACCAAUUCUGCAGUUUGACAAAAUCACUCCUUGGUCAAGCUUCUAUGAUGCUGUUUCCCAAGAUUUCAAGGAGGCAAGCUUGAAUUGUUAUAAAGUGAUAAAGGGGAGUUGGGCAGAGUUGGAUGCUUUAUCUGCACAUGAAGAAGGAUUGACUGAAGUUAGUAAACUUUUCAGAACUUGCAAAGGUUUGCAUUCAGUUUAUUCAGCUAGGGACUGGCUAUGGGAAGCUUUUGUAUACACAGCAAUGGUGAAUUAUCCUACUGAGGCUAACUUUAUGAAGCCAUUGCCAGCAUAUCCGGUAGAAGAGGUACCUAAUUCUGCUUAACUUAUCAGUUAGAUU